AUGAAUAUAGAUCAAACACGAAAGGUUUUCAGAGAGUUAAAACCUUGUUGUGUGGAGCUCUCUAAAGUAGCAUUCUUAAGCCAAGAGGCACUAGUGAAUCAUGAUCCAAAAAGUCUUACCAAACUCCUAGAAAACGUUUAUAAUGAGCUUGACAACCAGCAAAAUUUGUACCCCAAUUUAGAGCUUUCUGCUCAAUUGACUGAUUAUAUUUUUCAACCAAUCGGUGUUCUGUUAGGCCAUGACGAUAGAGCACUACAGGAAGUUCAUUUACAAAUGAUUUUCAAGAUUCUUGAAAUAUUAGUCAGACGAGGUUGGUCUACGGAUAGGUCUGAUGGAAUGAACGAGAAAAUUGCCACUUUAAUUUUGUUUGUUAUUGGAAAAGAUCCGCUGUUAUACAAAGGAAAGAUAACUCGAGACGAUGAGUUGUUAUUGAGUGCAUAUAACUGUUUGUCUACUUGUUUGGAUAAUAUGAUCAAUUUGAAUGACGAUUCAUUGUUGCAUAAUGUUGGUAAGCUAAGUCAUCUGAUAUUAGUAUCACUAGAUGCAUUGAACCAAAAACAUUCCAACUCUCAAUUGAGUGUUACUAUUCUUAUCUCAUUGAACAAAAUCUGUGUUUUAGUUUAUCAAGGAGAUCAAUUGGCUCGGAUUCUACCUGGAAUAGUGUCAAGUCUAGUCAAGACUAUCAAGAGUCCCGUGCACUAUGAGGUGCUUUUGGAAUGUCUAAAUUUACUCAGUUUUUUAGUGGAAAGAACGUUUAAUGACCUAAAUUUACAUGUCACGCAUCCUUUAGAUAAUUUGAAGUUGCAAGAUUUGGAGGGUUUUGAUAACAAGUUGGUUGUGAAUCAGAUGGGCGAAGGAAAUAGAAAUACGGACUGGUUAGAGGUCACUGUCAAACAGCUUUAUCAAUCGUUGAAAACAAUAUCACCUGUUAUUUUGACUCAUCAUAAACCCCAGGUAACGCUAGCUUGGCUUGAAUUUGUACAGGCCGUGAUAGAAAAGUGUCCUAUUUCCUUGGGGACCCUGAUACCAUUUUUAAUAGACUCUUUACUGCAACUGUUUCCCACGCAUUAUGAAACAUGUUCACGAAUCCUAAGCCUCAACCGGUAUUUGGUACAAGAUACUUUGAACGAUUUGAUAUUGUCAAAGAUACAAGAAAUACCGUCUAAAUUGAACACAGUAGACGAACAACAAAAAAGAAUUUUUCUCAAACAACUAUCCUCUUUAAUUCAUUAUGUUGAUCAGCCGCCUCCAGCCUUAUUACAAGGGUUGCAAAAUGAGUUUUUCAAGUAUCUGAUAGGACAGAGAAAGAAAUUUUCUGCGCCUGUUAAGACUAUUCAAGAAAUAUCUGUAUCGCUAACGCUUGAGGCGGAUAGCUCUCAAUUAGCAUCCUUAGUGCCGUAUGAACAUGAUUUGAAGAGUCUUCUGCUAAGCUUGGGCCAAAUUUUGCCUGAUUCUGCCGUUCAAUCAUUAAUCACUGAGUUUACCCCAAUGAAUAAUAUCAAUCAUGUUUUGGAUAAGUCGGUAUCAGUUUGGAUGACUAGUGAAAUGCUGCUGGGACGCUCGAUGCAAGAUGAAGUUUCAGAGCUGGUUAAAUUUGACGAGUCUUCCAGGGAUGACUCCAUGAAAUACUUGAUUUUAGAAACUGCUAACGAGUUGAUCGACAGUUGCGAUUUGAAUACCCCUAUUACUCAAAGUAAGAAGAAUACCUUACUACUGAAUUUGAAAGCCAUCAAUAAUAUAAUAGAUAUAAUGGGUAGCGAGUUCACCGAAGAAUUGGUAGGCUCGUUAUACCCAAUUUUUGAGCUAUUAACUGCUCAAGAUAUAGCAGUAAGAACAUCGGCCAGAUAUGUUGUGGAAAAUAUUGCCAGUAAAUGCUAUAAUGGAUCUUUGGUCGAUCUGGUCUACAAAAAUAUUGACUAUCUGAUCGAUGGAGUUUCUUCCAGACUUAACAGUGAGAUAACUCCAUAUACAAGUUCCAUUUUAAUGGUACUGAUUGAAAUUGGAGGUGUUGACAUUCUCGAUCAACUGGGUGAUUUAAUCAGUACAAUGUUUACGCUGUUGGACUAUUACCAUGGCUACACUGUGCUCUGUGAGCAAUUUUUCGAAGUUUUUCAUAAGUUGGUAGAUCAAUCUUCCGUGCUCAUGAGGGGGUACACGUUCUCGGAAGAGAAGCAGACUAAUACUAUUUGGAGAAUGAAGGAUCGAGAGGCGAUGGGUGAAUUUCUGACCAAGUACUGGGCUACUGUUCAGCGUACAAAAAUUGAUAUCCCGGAUACCUUGGAGGAACUCACUAGUCACCCCAAUAAACCUUUUGGAGAUUUGGAUAGUGACAAAGACAGCGAUGAUGAAGAGGAACUUGAUAUUAACGGUAUUCAAUCUGAGCCUGAAGUGGAAGCAAGAGAGGUAGUCAAGGAAUGGAAGUCGCCAUUUACUCCAGAUGUCUAUUUUAUGUUCCAAACAAUGUUACAAUAUGGAGAUAGACUGGUCAUGCAUGAUAGUGUAAGACUUCGAAUUCAAAUCAUUAGUUUAUGGAACAAAAUCUUCCCUAUACUGAGCACGUCAAUAGAUGAUAUGUACCCAGUCAUUUCUGACUUAUGGCCAAAAGUUGCAGAAUUUAUUUUGCAGGAGAAAGAGAUGCGAUUGAUGAUUCCCACAUUGGAGCUGGCAACAACAAUAAUACAGUAUGGAGGACAGUUCUGUUGCAAACGGUUUAUUGAUUUGUGGGAGUCACUUUCGAAGAAAAAACUCUUGGCCCAAAUUCAUAAGAAACAUACACUGCCAGAGUUUGAAGAAAAGAUCUACUAUCGAUUGAUGGAGUUUUUGGUUUUUUCCUUGGAAAGACUCGGUACUGGAGUACCAUCAGAGAUUAGCAUGAAUAUUAUUAAGUACACGAUUACAAGGAUCGACGAUGAAUCCAAAUAUGGGUCUGUCCAUGAUGAUAUUGUAUGGUACUUGAAGCAGGAUGCUAGUGUUGUCGGAGACAACCUGUUAACCAGCUAG